GGAAAUGGAGAAGACCCACCUGAUGUGAAACCUACAGGAGGAAAUGGAGAAGACCCAUCUGAUUCUCUACAGGAGAAAAUGGAGAAGACCCACCUGAUUCGGUGUUCAAAGGAGGAAAUGGAGAAGACCCACCUGAUUCGGUGUCUAGCUGAGGAAAUGAAACCCACAUGCCCCCUAUGUAACCUACAGGAGGAAAUGGCCCCCCCUGAUUCGGUGUCCAGCCCUAAAGACAACGAUAGGAAAAGCCAGAGAUACUGGGAAGCAAGAAGACAGCUACUCCGGAAAGCCAGAGAUACUGGGAAGCAAGAAGACAGCUACAGGAAAGCCAAAGAUACUGGGAAGCAAGAAGACUGCUAA